UAAACAUCCUAGUGCCGAGUAUCUUCCGCUGGGCAAAUGAGAAUAGUAAAUUUUAUCCAAAUCAAUUUAGGCUGAACAUAUUUCAGCCAAGAAAGAAAAUGAAGUCGCCUAGGAAAGUAAAAUUCAUUCCUCAAUCACCCUUAACCCUUAGAAGUCAGAACCGAAAGGUUGAAGGAACUACAAUAAGAGUCACGAAGGUCUUAAAUAAUGCCGCUAAACAAAAAGAUUUUCAAGCUAAAUCUACGACAGAGAAAAAAGGAAUGAAGAAAGGGGCCCUGGCAGAUGAUGAAACUACCUCUGGUCAUCCAUCUCUUUCUCUGGGAGGUGCUGAGAGUCUAAACGAACAACUGUCUUCUGUUAACACCACAAGCUCAUUUUGUGUUAAAAAUGACAAUUCUGGACAAGUUGUCCAAGAUCAUGUAAUAAGUGAUUCUAGAGAGGCGCAAGCCAACAAUGUAAAACUAGAGGCCCAGUUUGUGGAUUCUGAUGAGUCUAUUUCUACCAGUAGUACUCUAACAUGUUCAAACUGCAGCCAACAGUUUUUAAAAGAAGAAACAUUAAGUGAGCAUUCCAAGAAAUGCUCAUCCUCUACUCUAGAGAAGAAAUUAAUGUCUUGCAUCUUUGCUUCUUGCAAAGAAACUUAUACAUCUAAACGAUCAUUGAUGAGUCACCUAAGAACAGCUCAUGGAUCAAAAUUGGCACCAUCUGAAAAGCUUGAACAAGAAGGUUCUGAGAAGCAAGCUAUUCCUGGAAAGUUAAUUGUACCCCUCAAACGCACUAAAGAGGUGUAUAAAUGCCCAAGCUGCAACGGACAUUUUAGACGAACUGACAACUUUGAACGUCAUUAUGAGAAAUGUUCCACAUCUACUCUGAAAAAGAGGAGAACACCAUGUGUCGUUAGUUCUUGCACAGAAACAUUUUCACACAAGUUUGCCAUGGUGAAUCACCUAAAGGAUGUUCAUAGUGCAAAGAUAUCUCCCCCUCAAAUACUUACUUUUCAGACAGAAACAGAGUACAAACUGUGGAAAGAUGAUGAAGAAAGCCGUACUUUUUCUUACUUUUCCAGUGAGUCAGGAUGCAAAAAAUACAAGGUUGGAAGCAAAGGUUCUCGCAAGUACUUUUACUGCCAAUAUGACGGACCUCUAAGGGCUCAUAGGAAAAAAGGAGAGCCAGAGAGACUGACAUCAAGAAAGCGUAAAAGUGGGCAGGUGAAGACAGGCAUGGUAUGUCUUGCAAGAAUGGUUGUUACCACUCUUCCCGAUGGUUCAGUUCAUGUGGAGUACCAUCCCACCCACAAUCACAAACCAGAUAGUAGUGACUGUGCUCAUCAGCCUGCAACUUCAUCUGUAAAUGAUCAUAUUCAAAAUCAAAUUGCUCUCCGAGUCCCACCCACUGUAAUUUAUGAAAGUUUACAGUCGGUUCAAUAUGAUGGCAGAAACAAAGAGAGAGGAAAACCUGUUCCUCGCAGUAUAGCUGUUUCUAAAAGAGCAAUUCAGCAACGGGCCAUUAAGUUCAGAAAAACAAUGAGGCUCCAUGAGGAAGACAGUAUUUCUACUUGUCUUCUCGUUGAAAGGCUUAGGCAAGAGGAAUAUGAUCCUAUUGUAAUUUAUAAGCCACCAGGUAAACCCAUCGUUGGGGGACCUCCAGGAAUAAAUUGUCUCCCAGAGGAUAUUGAUAGUUUAUUUAUGUUGGGUCUACAAACCAAGGAACAGAAAUGUUUAAUGCUAGAGGGCUGCAAGAAAGUUCUUAUUGUGGAUACUGCUCGUUAUGUUACUCAAUUUGAAAACAGUAAACUCCUGAAUUUUAUUGUGAUCAAUGAAAAUAACAGAGGUGUAGCAGUUGCUCAUUUUAUUACAAAUUACAUGACUGCAGACGUUAUUGGAUAUUUUGUUGAAGCAUUGAGGCUCAAAUUUGAAGAAGACGGUCAAACACUCAAAAUUAACUGCGUUAUGUCUGGCGAUGAUCCACUUUUAAUAAAAGGAAUACAGCAGGGCAUGGGGUUGACAUUACCUCAUAUUCUGUGCCUAUGGAAUGUGGACAGAGCUCUUCAAGACGCUCUUCAGAAAAAGGUUGUGACAUCUGUCAAGGACCAACAAUACAUUAACUUACCAGACCUCAAAGACCAAAUUUAUAGUGAUCUGAUGGGUCUUGUGAAUUGUAAUGAUAAAUUGCAAUUUGAAGAAUUAGCUGCCUUGUUUAAAGACAAAUACAUUUCAGAUGCUCCAAAAUUUGUUAAUUAUUUUGAGAAGAAUUACAUGAAUACGCCUGAAAAAUGGGCUAAAUGCCAUAGAGAAAAUUUAGGUGAUUGUAACAUUGACUCAAUUUCUUUUGCUGAGUUUUUCCAAAAUAGACUGAAAACUGGAUUCAGCCAAAGAGUGUCUCACAUACGAGUGGAUGAUUUAGUCAAUCAUCUGUUGGAUAUUGAAAAGUAUGACAAGACAGCAAGACAACGUGAGGCAAAUGACAGAAUAAGUGCAACAACAGAAGAAGUUGAAGAGCGUCAUAACAACAGUUUGCUGAUGCCUGAUGACAGUAUUGGUGAAAAAAGUUCUAAAUUGUGGCUUGUUAACUCGUCUAAAAAUGAUGAAGUCUACAAAAUUGAGUGUUUAUGGGAAAUUUGUCAAAAAAAUGAUUGUUGUGACAAAUGUCCUUCUGCAUCUUGCUCCGGUCUUUGUUCUCACCUUUAUCACUGCACUUGUCCCGACACUGUCCCUCUCUGUAAGCAUAUUCACAAGUUGCAUUCCUUACUCACACAGAAUAGUUGUCAGCCUGAAGAGGAAAUGAGCUCUGAGUUAUUUCAGAUUGGCAAUGACGAUUCUGUUGACUCAUCUGACGUCGAAGACUGUUAUUCCAAUUUACACAAUGGUUUAGCUACUUUAUGUGGAAUAGUAGAAAAAAGGCAAGUUCCAUCACAUCUUCUGGAAACAUGUGUGGCAACUAUUACGUCUCUAAUUGAGAAGUGUCAAGUCCUUCAGAAAAACCAACCUGUUCUUGAUUUUGUGGAAUUAUCACCAGAAAAAAAUGUGUCUGUACCUGAUGUUCAACUGCUACCCUUGAAAGAGGGCAAAAAUGACAGAGAGGAUGGAAAUGAUGCAAAUGUGAUGUCUGCUGCCAAGAGUGUCAAAAUUUAUAGUGGUAACAAUGAUAAUCUUCUUGUCUUGAAGAGUGAGAAUAAUAAUGAUGAAAGCAGUGAAGAUGUUGAUGAUCCAGCUUAUGUCACUAUUGAUAAUCCAAUAGACCCACUGGAGACUUUGCUGUGCAUUGGUGACAUCAAUAUCAACCUCCUUCAUGUAAAAUCUUUAGAUCUAGAUCUGAAUGAAGAAGAGGCAAGAACUUACAAAAUCGUUUCACCUUCUUUCAGAGUUGGAUGGAUGUUGCCUGACAUUGUCAAUGCAUUUUUGAGCAUUUUAUCAAGUAGUAAUGACAAAACUUACUUUCUGUCAACAGAUUCUGUUUUAUCUCUCUUUCAUGGUGAUUUACUUCCUCAUCUCUUUAAUAAUGAAAUGCCAGAGAAAAAUAUCUUCAUAUUUCCUCUAAGCCUGUCAGAAAAUCAUUGGGCAAUCCUUGUUUUAUUUGCUGACAAGGCAGAAAUGAGAUGCUUGGAUCCCAUCAUGGGAAAGCUGACACCAGAUUUGAUUAAACUGGUGCAUUCAGUCAAUAGCAUUAUGAAAAUAGUUCGACCUGAUAUAUCAAGAUGGUCUCUUCGAUUUAUUUCCCAUCUUAAUCAAACUGACGCAGUAAAUUCUGGUGUACACAUUUGCUGGUUCGCCCAUGAAGCCAUUUUGCAAUAUGAGAAGCAUAGUCCUCUUUCCGAUAUCAGAGAAUACAGGAAAUUUAUUUGUGAUACAAUUUGUGGACAUUGCUUGGACUAUUCACAGAACGACGAUACAUGUGCCCUUUGUAGGAAGGAGUUCCUUAAUAUUGCCACCAUUUCCUGUUGUAAGUGUGGUCGUUCAUUCCAUUGCGAGUGUAUUUCAAUUCCAUUAGACAGCUCUGAUUUUGUGUGUCCAUUAAGACAAUAGUGUAGUAA